AUGAAAGAAUUUUUCUCCUGGUUGACAGCGGAGGAGAUGGAGGAAAUUUAUUUUGGUCUCAAUGACCAAGAUUAUAAGGAACUUAUGGCGCUGCCAACUGACAAAAAUAAAAUUAUAUUUCUAAAAAAGAGGGGUAAAGUUGAGGAAGCUUGGCAUCCAUUGAACGAUGAAGAACUUGCUGUGUUUAUGGGGAGGAAGAGGGCAACCGAAAAAGAAGAUUAUGAUGUUCAAAAUUAUUUAGGAUGUUAUUAUAAAAAUGGUUAUGGAUUAAUAUUGAUCGGGAAAGUAUUUGAACGUUAUAAGAAAGUUAUGGAAUGUUUAAUAUUAGUGGUCAAUAAGAGGGCAGAUGAUUUUGCUGAAAACUGUGAUGAAUCAUUAUGA